GAAUAAAUGGGCACGCUGUAUAUCAUAACAGCAGGACACCUUCCAGAUUGUGGUAGAAAAUGUCCAUCAUGCAGUCGCUACCUUUUGAAAAAGGCCAUGUAAAAGCUUCCUGUUGAAGCUUCCUGUUGAAGCGAGGUAGACUGCUUCCUGCCUUUGUUUAUUGUCUAUGUUAAUGCCAAGAGACUGAACUAAGAGUUUGAACCAAAGAUUGGUUAUAACCACACUUUAAAUGUAGUUCAGACAAUGGUAUGGGGUUAGUGUUAUAUCCACAUUCGAUCACUUAGAAAAUGGUGGAGAUGGUACAGUAAGGUGUGGCUAGCACUGAGGAGGGUUUCCUAUUGCAGGAGGCCCAAUUCUGUUAUAAAAGGAAAGAGUAGGAUACUAUAACUUUAUUCAUUGUUUUUCUUUUAGAUGCUGAAAAUCGGAUAGACUUGGGGACUGGCGACUGGGGCCAUGUGGAACCGCAGGUCCAAAUAUAGAUGCAUCUUCCUGCUGACCCUGGCAGGCCUUGUCUUCUUUUUACGCAACAACAACAUUCUGGAGCGGAAAUUGCACCCACACAGGAUCCACUCAGAGGGCCCUCCUCCCCUGGACCGCGAGCGACGCUUCUGUAGCCACUUGGGUACAAAUCCCUCACCUGAGGAGGCUCUGGAGGAGCGUUACCUCCUGGAGUCCAUCGCCUGGCCAGAGCCUCAGCCAUGGUCCACGUCUUCACCCCUGAACCAGACCAGUGACCCUGCACACAGCCAGUUUGCAAUCCUCCCUGCAGGGGGUAGGAGAGAGUGGCACGUGGGGGACCAGCUGGAGGCUCUGGUCAUUAUGAAAGAUUUUCAGGGACUUCCCAAGAGCCAUGGCGGGGACUUCUUGCUGGCCCGGCUGCACUCCCCAGAGCUGGAGGCAGGUGUUGCAGGACAUGUAUUGGACCACGGGAAUGGGACUUACUCUGCCAUUUUUCCAUUACUGUGGGAGGGGUCUGUAUGGGUGGACGUGACAUUGGUCCAUCCUAGUGAGGCAGUUCCUGUUCUACGGCGCUUACGUGAGGAACACCCCGACAGGAUGCUUUACAAGAGCCUGUUUCGCUCUGGAUUACUGUCUGAGACCACCAUGUGUAACCUGUGCCUGCCAACUAACCAGCAGCCGCUGUGCAAUUACACAGAUCCCCACACAGGUGAACCCUGGUACUGCUACAAGCCCAAGCUGCUGCUGAGCUGUGAUACACGGAUCAACCACUUCAAGGCAGGCUACCAGAAAGAUCUGAUAACCAAGAAAGAAGCACUGCUUUUCCAAAGUGGCGUAAACCUCAAAACACGUAUUCAUGCUAAGGCGUAUGACAGUGUCACUGUGCUACCUAAGAAAAAAGACAAACAAGAGGUGGAAAGCAACAGUGAAAAGGCAGCGCCUAUCAGGACCACAGCCUCUGGGUAUUACUUCCAAGGGUCAUGGCGGGGGCUGGGUGGUGUCGUGAUGCACCAGUUUAACGACCCCUCUGCCAUUACUCAGUGUCUGAAGGGCAAGAUGGUAUACAUGUAUGGAGACUCCACCGUCAGACAGUACUACGAGUUCCUCACCAGCUUCUUGCCAGAGCUGAGGGAGUUCAACCUUCAAAGUCCUGUGAGCGCAGGGCCCUUCAUGGCAGUGGACAUCACCCAUAACAUCCUGUUGAAGUACCGGAGCCAUGGUCCCCCCAUCUCCUGGACCCCUAUCAGCGUCAGUCAGCUGCGCUAUGUAGCUAACGAGCUGGAUGGCCUUGCCGGGGGCUCAGACACUAUUGUCGUCAUCAGCAUUUGGGUUCAUUUCAGCACCUUCCCUGUGCAGGCCUACAUUCGCCGACUACGCCACAUUCGAAGGGCGGUGGUGCGGCUUCUGGACCGGGCUCCGAAGACCGUGGUAGUGGUGCGCUCAGCCAACCUCCGGGCCCAAAGCCUACAGGAGAGCCUCAUCUUCAGUGACUGGUUCUCAGUGCAGUUGGACGGGGUACUCAAGGCCAUGUUCAGAGGCCUGAAUAUCUUGUUAGUGGACACCUGGGAGAUGACCCUUGCCCACCACCACCCUCACGAUAUCCACCCAUGUCCUCCCAUCAUCAAGAACAUGAUAAACACUAUCCUCUCUCACGUCUGCCCAGUGAAGAACUAGCAGAGAGAGUUAAAUUAGUUCUGCCACAAUUCUUCAUUGUUCAACACCUGUGCAAUAUUGAUCAAAUAACUAGCAUGGGCGGAGCAUAGUCUGACCGGCAUUACAUGAUUCAUCACUUGAGCCCGCAAAAUUUUAACAACUUUGGCCUAUUUAUUGCCUUUACCUCCCUUAUCUUACCUCAUUUGCACACACUGUUUAUAUACUU